CAGCGGAGGAGAGACACCAGUCCGAGUUGGCUGAUCCGAGGCAACCAAACACACCGACUGGCAUCCGCGCUGGAGCCGAGCGAGGAGCCGCGUUCACUGCGUCCGGUCCGCGUCCCGCUCCGCUGCGUCCCCGUGCACGACAGGAUGAACGCGUUCAGGAGCUUUGGACACUUUGGACAGCAGCGCGCGCUGGAAAACAGGAUUUAGUGGAGAAGUUGGCUCUCGGCAGCGGCGGUGCCCGAGCUGAGACUCUGCUGACAGCCGUGAGGAGGAUCCGAGACUCUGUGUCGCCGAGCUGCUCCGUGACGCGCGAGGACGGAUUUUAACAAGUUCUCUGGGUUUUUAUAAAGUUUACAGGAAAAUUACGGCUGAUUUUUUUUCUUCUUUGUGCUCGGUGGAAUCUGACAUACUGAGGCUUACUGUGGAGACGGAAUACUCUGGGUCAGCGGCGGGGAGUUGUUGGAUAGUUUCUUGCGGCGUGGAGGCCGCCGUUCUGCUGGACAGCAUGCGAACGGAGGAUGUUGUCUGAGUCUGAGUCGGGCCUCCCUGCUCUGCGUCUCACCUCGUCGUCCAGAGGAAUGACGGCUCUGUGGUGCUCACUCUGGCUUUUCUUCCUCCUGCCUCUCUGCGUCGCUCCGGCCAGGCUGCCCACCGCUCAGCCCACAGACUCUGUGUCCAGCGAGACAGCCUUCCUGGAGGACUAUGUCCUGGGCAUGGGGGACACCCUGGAAAUGUCAUGUGACCUGGAGGACCACUCGGAGCCUGUCGUCUGGUUCAAAGACGGCGCCGGGCUGGUGCCUAGCAACCGCACGCGGCUGGGCCAGAGGAUGUUGUGCAUCAUCAACGUGUCGUACGAGGACUCGGGCGUCUACUCGUGUCGGCUCGCCCACAGCAACACGCUGCUUGGCAACUACACCAUCAGGGUGACAGAUUCUCUGUCGUCUGGUGACGAUGAAGAUUAUGAUGAAGAUCCAGAAGAUGCAGGUAAUGGAAAUGAGGCUCCAUACUGGACCAGGCCUGACCGGAUGGACAAGAAGCUUCUGGCCGUUCCUGCCGCCAACACCGUCAAGUUCCGCUGCGCCGCGUCCGGAAACCCGACGCCGACCAUCCACUGGCUGAAGAACGGCAAAGAGUUCAAGGGAGAGCAGAGGAUGGGAGGCAUCAAGCUGAGACACCAGCAGUGGAGUCUGGUGAUGGAGAGCGCCGUGCCAUCAGACCGGGGGAACUACACCUGUGUGGUGCAGAACAAGUACGGCGCCAUCUCCCACACCUACCAGCUGGAUGUUCUGGAGCGCUCCCCCCACAGGCCCAUCCUCCAGGCCGGCCUGCCAGCCAAUCAGACGGUGGUGGUGGGCAGCGACGUGGAGUUCCACUGUAAGGUUUACAGCGACGCCCAGCCGCACAUCCAGUGGCUCAAACACAUCGAGGUCAACGGCAGCCGCUACGGCGCCGACGGCGCCCCCUACGUGGACAUCCUGAAGAGUGUUGUCAGUAAACACACUGAGGCCCACAGUAAGUUGAAACUGUACAACGUGACAGAGAGGCAUGCUGGGAAGUACUGGUGUCGUGCCACAAACUUUGUAGGCAAGUCGGAAAACGCUUUCUGGCUAAAGGUACACAAAGCAGCAGUGAGCCCAGAGAAGGAGGAUUACUACGCUGAUAUCCUCAUCUACGUGACGGGCUGCGUGCUCUUCAUCCUCGCCGUGGUCAUCGUCGUCCUUUGUCGUAUGAGGAUGACGACGCAGAAGACGCUGCCCACGCCGCCCGUGCAGAAACUGUCAAAGUUCCCCCUCAAGAGACAGGUAACAGUGUCCUUGGAUUCCAACUCCUCCAUGAACUCCAACACCCCGCUGGUCCGGAUCGCCCGCCUGUCAUCCAGCGACGGCCCGAUGCUCGCCAACGUCUCGGAGCUGGAGCUGCCCUCCGACCCCAAAUGGGAGUUCCCUCGCACACGGCUGACUCUGGGUAAACCUCUGGGCGAGGGCUGCUUCGGUCAGGUGGUGAUGGCCGAGGCCAUCGGCAUCGACAAGGAGAAGCCCAACAAGCCGCUGACUGUUGCUGUGAAAAUGCUGAAAGAUGACGCCACGGAUAAAGAUCUGUCAGACCUGGUGUCAGAGAUGGAGAUGAUGAAGAUGAUUGGGAAACACAAAAACAUCAUCAACCUGCUGGGAGCGUGCACGCAGGACGGUCCUCUGUACGUCCUGGUGGAAUACGCCUCCAAAGGUAACCUGAGGGAGUACCUGCGGGCGCGGCGGCCACCAGGCAUGGACUACUCCUUCGACACCUGCAAAAUCCCCGACGAGCAGCUCACCUUCAAAGACCUGGUGUCAUGUGCCUACCAGGUGGCCCGAGGCAUGGAGUACCUCGCCUCGCAGAAGUGUAUCCACAGAGACCUGGCAGCCAGAAACGUCCUUGUGACAGAGGACAACGUUAUGAAGAUCGCCGACUUCGGUCUCGCCAGAGACGUGCACAAUAUAGACUACUACAAAAAGACCACCAACGGUCGUCUGCCUGUGAAAUGGAUGGCUCCGGAGGCUCUGUUCGACCGGGUCUACACGCACCAGAGCGAUGUGUGGUCCUACGGCGUGUUGCUGUGGGAGAUCUUCACCCUGGGAGGCUCGCCGUACCCGGGGAUCCCUGUAGAGGAACUCUUUAAGCUGCUGAAGGAGGGACAUCGGAUGGACAAACCUGCCAACUGCACCCAUGAGCUGUACAUGAUCAUGAGGGAGUGCUGGCACGCCGUGCCGUCACAGAGGCCGACCUUCAGACAGCUGGUAGAAGAUCACGACCGGGUUUUAUCGAUGACCUCCACUGAUGAGUACCUGGACCUGGCGGUGCCCUUCGAGCAGUACUCGCCCACCUGUCAGGACUCCAACAGCACCUGCUCGUCAGGAGACGACUCGGUGUUCGCCCACGACCCGCUGCCUGACGAGCCCUGUCUUCCCAAACAGCUCCCCAGUAACGGGGUGAUAAGGACAUAAAACCUGAGCUGGGGGGGGCGGUCGGACUUUCACCUCCUCUCACAGUUUGACAAACACCUCUCAGUGACUCCUCAAGAUAUGGAAAUGAAAACUCAGCAUGCAAUACUUCCACAGUGCUUCAGCGCUCCGAUUCGUCUUAAACUCUUUGACUGAGUUUUCCUCCUCUUCCUCCUCCUCCUCCUCCUCCUCCUCCUCCUCAUCCUCCUCCCCAACAGACUCUUGGAACAUUGAAGGAUUAUUUUUUGCCGUUGAACCAUGUUUGUGUUCCUCUUUUCAGAAAUGAAAUUAUAUUUUUGUACUCGGGCCAGUUUUUGUUACGGACAAUCUGUGGGGUGAAACCAUUCCGUGCCUACUGGGAUAAAAAAAAAAAAAACUCCUGAGACUGAAACACGUGGACAAACAGGAAGUACGAGGAGGGAAUGAAGGGCAUUGGUCAGUGACUCGUUGGCGAUCCAGUAGGCGGGGACCUCAGAUUUUAACCCUCUCGUCUGCACGGAGCCCCGAGGUCGCCGGAAAGGUUUGCGAUCUCAAGGAGAAUCCGUCGACAAGAAACCAGCAAAGCCAGAAUCAACUCGAUGAUGGGACUCGUUCUUCCGAAGACACUCGAUAACUUUUCCUUGACAGGAGACGACAGAGAGGACGACAGCAUUUAAAUGUUUUCUCAUGAAUUUGUACGCCAUCGUCCUGUUUUAGCUUCCCGAAAAAACACCUUUGUGAUAAUCAUGGAACAAAUUCCUCAGCUGACGUGAGGCGACGUGUCAGGGCCAUUCAGUAAUUAGUACAAUAAGGUUUGUUUUUUUAAUGUAUCUAGAAAAUGAUUUAUUGUAAAUAUAUAAAUGCAAAUAUGUAUGAUAUCGCUGUCCACAGCCAUGUACGUAAAGACAAAACUACAUUUUUAAAGUAUUGUUUUAGGAUGGAAGCAUUGCAGUCUAGAAGACACUGUCAUGGAAGUGUAAAACAUGUAAUCAUUUAAAGUGAAAAGGUUUAUUUGAAUAAUUAACGUGUAUAUUUGUAAAGAUAUUUAUAGACUUAACGUGGUUCUUAAGUUGAAAGGUUUAGUUUAGGAUUUUAGUACUGUACGCAAAGAUUUUUAUUUCCUUUUUUUUUUGUAACUUAUUUUACAACAGAACUGCGGCGUUAUUUUUCAGACUCCUCUGGUUUUUGAUCCAUCUUUUUGUUUCGUUUACAGUUUUUAAAAAAAAUAAGAAUGUAUGACAGACGGGAAGAUGAAUAUAAGAGCGAGUGUGAUUCGACCGCCAGAGGAGGAUUCGGGAACUGAAGGCUCCCGCUGAAGGGAGGCUGACGUUUCUGACGAGUUUAAAUUCUGGUUUGAAAAGUUGACGUUUGCAAUAUCGAAGCAAUGAUUGACUCUUGCUGGGCAAGAAAAAGCAGCGCCUGGAGGUUUGUACGGAGACGCCGGAGAGUACGACUGAAGUACUUUACGACGUUUUCAAUAUCAACAACAACGAGCUGUGAAUCAUCAGGAGCCUUCAGAGAAAAAUCCUCCUAUUGAUUCGAUCUCACUGUUCAGGGAUGAACUACAUCUCCCAGAAUUCUUUCUUUAAAUCGUGGCAUUCAAAAAAAUGUGAAAGCUCGUGAGAGAACAAGUGUCGGCUAAAAAGUCUCAACUGCGAACAAAAAAGAAAAGUCAGUUUUACAUUGCUAACCCCAAACUCACCCUGUGUUCAGCUGCACUGCAUUCUGGGGCUUUGAGUCCCAGGCUGCUCUCAUGCACUGUUCGUAUGUAUAGAGUAAUGCACCACAAUUCAUAUAUAACCCACGUAAUCGAAGGCUGUGAUCAUGUGACCAGCGCGCUGACGGAAGUAAAAAGUGAAGUACUAAAAAGAGCGACAGUCAGAAGGAAGAUGGGGUCGUGGACUUUCCCGUAGAAACAGGUGUUUGUGUCGCGACUGGAACCAGGUGAACUUUAAGUUAUUUCAAUGAACGUCGUCACCAUGUUUGUUUUUCUGAACCUAGCCUACGUAACUUAACGUUAAGUAUGUAACGCAAAGAUUCCCAAACCACGUUUCUGUUCCAAAACUUAUCCUACAUGAUUUAAUGAUAAGUACAAAACUACUUUUCCUAAAUCUAAUUUUCGUAACUUUACAAUAGGUACGAAACUUUACGUAACGUAACUUUACGUUAAGUGCAUAACAUGGCAACACCCAAACAUGUUAUGUAUCUAAACUGACCACAUUUUAUUUCCUAAACUUAACCCUCGUAAUUUAAGGUUAAGUAUGUAACUUUACUGCAAGUAUGAAAUGUAAAGACUCCCAAACUGUGUUUCUUCUCCUAAACCAAACCUGAGUAACUUUAUGAUAAGUACAAAACUCUACAUCAAGUAACUUUACGUUAAGUACAUAACGUGACGACACUCAACCACGUUUCUUUUCCUAAACCUAACCGGUAGGCAAAUUUGCGAAUCCUAGGAUAGCGAAAGAAUGGCCGACUUUACUCCACCUUUACUCUGUGUUUGAUUGGCUCACGCUAACCCUUAACCAAUCCAACCAAUGAAGGCAAUGAGUACUAGCUAAUCAGAGGGAGCGUAGGGCGGGUCGUUCCUUUAGGAUCCUAUUCGCAAAUUUGCAGCUGGUACGGGCGCUAGUUAAGUUGGUGCUGUUUCAUUAGAUACAAACCUUUGUAUGAGAAAAUACUGUGAGUCCGGUAAAGGUGCAGAAACUGUUCUCUGUUCCUGUUUUACAGUCACGUGUGAUCGUUGAACGUCAGCGGCUUCGUCUGAAACAAGGUCUCACUCUUUGAUUCUGAGCCUUGAAACUAAAAUGUGACAUUUAUGGUUCAUAAACAGAAUAAAUCAAACACACCAAAGACAAAAGGAGACUCAGAGGGUUUGUUUGAACAGUGUUAGAAUAUUUAGGAGGAUUUAUUUCUGAAGGUCACUCUGAAGGCUUCACACUCUUGUAACAGAAAGGUCACAGGGUCGAUGCUAACAAGCUGCGUGCGGAUGUCAAAGUGCCCUUGAGCAAGACACUCAGCACCUGUGUGCACACUCACACAGAGAGACAUCAGCUUGAAGGCAGAAAUGUAAAGCUGUUAAUAAGAGAAAGAAAAAGCUGCCCAGACUUUUGAGACUUUAUCGCUGCUCUAUAGUAUUAAUACUGAAAUGAAGGCGUGCUGUGCGACUCACAAGUCGCACGGCCAAACAGAAAUAUAAACCGUAUGUGUGUCGGUCUGUUAAAGGAGACUCUGACGACUGUGCAGGAUCCUUCGCUCCGUCUGUGGGAGCAAAUAAAAAGUGCCAAAUUAGUCUUAAAGUCGAUUUCAGCGAGUUCUGUGAACCAAAUGCUGCACUGUGGAAUGUAGGCGGGCGGAGGUCACGUGUGCAGCGAAGGAUCAUGGGAUUGCCAAAUGGAUAUCUCCCCUGUUUUUUAUGCAGUCGUCUCCAGCUGACCCCAAAAAGCGAGCAGGUUGAAAAUGUUUACAGAGUCUGUUUUUAGCAAAGUCACAAAGGGAAAGGGACGUUCAAGAGAACUGAAGGUUCAGACGCAACAUUCACUCGCUGCUAAAUGUUAACAGUGGGAACACUUUGCUACGGAGUUUACUGUCAGUACUUAAACACAUCGCCCCCAAAUAUUUAAAGUACUUAAAGGAGUGAGAACCUGUAUUUAACUGUUUUGCUACACUGGGAGAUUUUGAUGUAAAUGAUGUUUAGUGGUUGGUUUGUGCACAGACACGAGGCCUCUGUGAAGUGAACGCUUUCACCCAGUCGUUGUUUAAAGUUUGGGCCCAGAUCUAUGAAGUGCCUGAAAACAUUCAGCCAACAAACAGCAGAUUGAUUCAUUCUGAUCACGUUUGAAUGUAUAAUUGCAAAAAGAAUAACUGAAUAAAGAAGCAGUUCUCACAGAAGCAGGCGAUGGAAGUAUUAGCCUUUUGUUUUUAAUCUGGAGCGAACGCCAUGAGAAGGCACUUGUGUGUAAAGGUCGGACGGAUCUGAUGAAACGCUGUUUGUUUUAUUUAUUCUUCCAUGCUGGGUAAAAGCUUUCCCUAUGGCGAGAGUAUUUUUAUUCAAAGCUAUCUGCUUUUCACUGUUGUUUCUCAUUAAAGAGCCAGAAGAUGAUGAAGAUGAUGAUGAUGUAGAGUAGUCAUUUUACUGACGCCCCCCAUCAGGCUUUGCUCCUGGCUUCGUUUAUCCUGUAUUUUAUUUUUAUCACACGCCCCCGGCCUUUUCUCUCUGCGUCCCUGUCGAGCUCCGUCUCUCUGUUUAAAGACCAUGUGUUGUUUUGAACAUGUGUGAUGUCGAUGGCGUUCCUGCGUGUGUCACGUGAAGCAGGACGUCCAUCACAGGAGGAAAAAUGGCAGCCAGUAACUGAACCUAUCGACUUCCCUUCAGGCCUUUUGUUCCAUUUUGGAGCUAAUGAAGCUUCACAUUAAGUAUUCGACCAAUCUGUCACUUCGCUGAUACGUUUCGUUGCUGUUGCAUGAAAAACAUGUUUCUCCAAAAUGUCCAUUUUUCACCAGCUCAGAAAAAACAGCCCUGUUUCAGCUCUCUGACCUGCAGCGUUAGAAAACCCACAUUCUCCAAAGUGUUUCAUUUAAAGUAGUCUGCAUUUCCUCACACAGAGAUUUUCAGCUCAGGAGACCUAUAAACAUACAUUAAAUACACUUAAAUACACCCAGAAAUCACGGCAACAGGCGUCCAUAGGGACUGUUCUUAAUUCAUCAGAGGCUUUUUUUAUUUUGACCCUCCCUGAGUGACUGGAGGUAAAUCCAUGACCAUAAGUGAGUUAUUAGAUUUUUGACGUUUGAAAGUUAAAAGUUGAAAAAGUCUCAGUUUUUCACUCUCGUCGUACAAACGGUUUAUUUUUGGCCAAAUUUUAAAUGAGAUGUAAAAUAAAGUGAUUUUGAUGAAAUAUUUAAGCUCAGAUGUGAUUUUUUUUCUGGCGUCACAAGUUCAAGGCCGUCAGAAAUUUAAAAAUCCAAAGAUAAGUCCUGUUUGGUUUCAUUUUGGACAUUUUUACAGAAAAUGCAUUUUCUUUAAAAAUAGCUUUUUUUUGUUAAAUGGAAAAAAAUCUUUUUAGAAUUAUCGCUUUUUAAAAAUGAGAAAAAAAAAGUUAUCUGACAUGCCUUUAUUUAUUGAUUAUAUAUUAUCUGUCCCUAUAAGAAAUGAAACUGAAGUUUGUUUUCCCAAAGGAGGCUAAAAACAACCCAAAGAGCACCUGAGCAGACGCCAUCUCUUUAUUCAUUAACGCCAUGUGCUCACAGUUUCAGGUGCACUGAGCAUGUGUCACACCCUCAUAGCUCCCAUCAGGUCGGUCUGGAGUUUCAUUAAAACAGUCUAAAUUCAGCUCCAGGUUUUUUCAUCAUGACAGGAAAUCAAUCAGCUUUGAACGCAGCGUCGGCCCUCAGAUGUCACAUGUUUAAAACAACACAUGGUUUUCAGAGUUUUCUUUGGUAUUGACUGAGAGACGAGGUCGCUGUCAGCAGGGAGGGACUCUUACUGUAUGUACAGCCACACGUGGGCCUUUAACUUCCUGUCGUCUCCGCUCUGACGGACUUAUUUAUUCUCUCAAAUAAAAGAGGAUCAGAUUGAAGGUGAAGCUGGGAGGAGACGCACACACUCGUCCCUCCACUCAGAUCCAAACUACAUAUUUUAUUUCCACACAGCGCUCGUCUGGUUUCUUUGCCCCUGCAGCUCUAACCCGACAUGUUAGUCCACAUUAAUUUAUAGUUUGAGAUCUGCUUUGUGUUGCUGAUGUACAUGAGUAGAGUUUAUGUAGCUGUGUGAGCUGUUUUAUAAGAAUCUUAGAGAGGAAAUGAUUUUCAUAUUCACUUCAUUUCAUUUUGCAUUCCACAUCAGGUUUUCUUUCUUUUUAAACCGUAUGGAGACAAAAUCAUGUUUGUCCUCUGAUUUAUUUUCCCAGUCCCAUAAUUUAUUUUCCUCCCUCUGUAUUCAUGUCUCUAACAUAGACAGGUGGAACUAACAUUUGGCAUUAUGUGAUUGUUUUUAUUUGUAAUUCAAUGCUUGUUUGUUGCGCUGAUGUUCCUGUUCUGAUCACGAUGAAUCGUCUGUAACAUUCCACCACAUCGUCCCCUCGGGGCCAACAGCUCCCAGCGGGGGAAAGAACUAGAUCACAACUCUCUCUGUGCCUGACGAACUAUGCUGUCAAAAAGGUUUUCAAUAAACAUGUUAUAAUGGCG